AGUUUUACUGGAAAUUGGCUUGGAGGGUGUUUUCAACCGAUUUGGCUCGUCGAGUGCAAUGCUCGCAACAAUGAAUCUUUUUGAGCGUUCUUGUUCCUUCAACAUUUUUUUGAAUAUUAUGUCUUAUCUCAGCAUUAAAGACAAAAUAGCCGCCGCAGCCGUGUGCAAGACCUGGAACAACAUAGUUGUCAAAACUUUCACCUCCUUUCACCUGAAAAGAGACACGGUCAAUUUCUAUUACGCUGGGAGCGACAACGAGGUCAUUCGAAUAUUUGAGACAUUUAGGUUUCGCAAUGGCGGAACGCCUGAGUACCCCUACCUGCACUUAGUCACGCUUCACAAAACGCCCUGCAUGACAAAUUAUCUGGUGGAUUAUAUGUGCUCUCGGUAUUUAAACUUGAAGUCCGCGCCGAAUCUCACGCACCUAGUGUUGGAAUUGGAGCCUAUUUUUCCUGAGCUGGCCACGCUGUCUCAGCUGAAACAUUUGAAGAUUUUGCUCCGGAGGCGUUUCAAUUCCAACACAAACUACACUUGGUACAUACCAGAUAGUGGAACCUUAGAGUUUUUCCAUUUGGAAUUAGACGAUAAGUUCAACAAGACUUUUAUGACCCAGCCCAUUUCUAUCCACUACCAGUAUGGCCAGUAUCGGCGAAUCAACAACGCAUAUCAGGCAUUUAGAAACGUCAAAACGUUGGUAAUUUUGAACGGAUCUCUAAGCGGAGUUGACGUUUCUCACCUGUUUCCUUCUCUUCAGUGUAUGAAGGUACAAUAUCCUCAAAACUACGGGUUUCCCCCUACGCUCGAAACCUUGAACAUCGUCAAGCUUCAAAGCACGAAUGAACUCCCCUCUUUAGACAAACUGACUCAUUUGAAGACGUUAGUGGUCAAUGUGAAGACCUUCCGUGCUUGUCGACAAGUAAGAGAAUUGCUUCAAAAUCAGACUAUCCACCACUUGGAAAUUUACGUCCACGACUCAAGUUAUCGACACUUAAAUGAUUGUUUCUACGAGCAGCUCCGAUCCUCUCCUCUAGGUCGGAAUCUCAGGGUGCUUAAAAUUGGAAAUCACACCAUGUCCGAGCAUACGCUUCAACUGGCUCAGACGAAAUUCAAGUUUUCUGCUUUAAAAUCGACGAUUAAAACAGCUUACGAUCAAAAGAUGACGGUUUUUCCCCCUGUUCACGACGAGCACACAAGAGUCAUCAGACCUUGCGAAUAUUGUGGAACGUCACUCGAAGCCCAUUGCAUAAAGGAUCACUACGAAGUGUGUUCAAGGUCCAGAAGAUCAUGUCCGCUGGCUUAUCUGGGAUGCAGAAAAGCAAUUUUGAACACGAGCCGAGAAUACCAAAAACACAUGAAAAAGUGUAGCUAUAAUUUGCUCAAUUGUGCAUGUUGUAUGAAAUCCAUUCAUAUUUCUUUGUACUCUGCUCAUAUGAUGAUGCACGACCGAGCUCUUCCGUUCAACGAGCUAAACUCGAAAACGAUUAAAUCAUGUUCCGCCUUUAAAGAUGUGAUUUGUAUCGGCUGCAAGCAGGAGCUCGAAAUUGACUGUUUGAAAAAGCAUUUGUGUCCAAACAGAAAUUCGAGGAAGUUGGUUGUGUUUAUAUAAAAUAUAUAUACAUAUAUAUACAUAUGUAGCAUGCAAAGAAUGUUGAGCGCUUUUCUAUUGCAUAGUGUGCGAGCGGUGCAGGCAUCGAGCGAUUACAAGAGCGCUAUAUGUUCGAGCAAAU